AUGUCCAACAAUCAACAAGUUCUCCGCUCCGAGGUCGUCCUCGAGAAGUAUGGCAAGGCCCUUGCUGGGAAGACAGUGCUCAUCACCGGCGUUUCCGACGACUCCAUUGCAGGCGAACUCGCACUUCAACUUUCCGCCGCCGAUCCAAAGCUACUCAUCCUGAGUGCCCGUGCCGAAUCAAAAGUGGCAGGAAUUAGAGAAAAGAUCAAGUCCACCAAGCCAAAUGUGGAAACUCGCUUUCUCAACUUGGACCUGAGUGACUUGAGCGCCGUGCGAAAUGCUGCCGGAGAGCUGAAAGAUGUGUCUCACAUCGACCACCUUGUCUGCGUCGCCGGUGUAAUGUUCCCGCCUUACAGCAAGACAAAAGAUGGAUUUGAGAGUCAACUAGGAGUCAAUUACCUGGCAAACUUCCUGCUUGUGAAAUUGCUUCUACCGAAGAUCCGUGCCGCAGGGCCCGAUUCGUCUGUGAUUAUCAUGGCCUCGUCCAUGGUCAAACAAGGGAAGAUCCACUUCGAUGACGUUAAUUUCAGUGAUGGCCAGACAUACGACCCUAUGGUCGCAUAUGGCCAGUCGAACGCUGCGAGGGUUAUGUUUGUCAAGAGACUGGGUGAGAAGUUGAAGAGCGAGAAAAUCCGUGUUUUCAGUAUUGAUCCUGGUGCUGUUCAAACUGGUCUGCAACGACACUGCCCUCCGGAAUUUUUGGAUCAGGUCGCCGAAUGGAAAGAGGCCGGAGCCAUGGUUGACAUGGAUGGAAAGCCAAUCGAAAUUCCCCCAUGGACUACUACCUCAGAAGGAGCCGCUACAGUCAUCACAGGAAUGAUUGACCCUACCAUCGCAGAGUACAACGGCUCAUACCUCAGCCAGAACGCAGUCUCAGACCACGAAUUGCACACCCAUAUCAACGACGAAGGCAACUGGACCAAACUCUGGGAUCUAAGCGAGAACCUGACCCAAGAGAAGUUUUCUCUAUAG